AUGACUACCCGAAGGGAUAAUUACUUCAUAGAUACCUCGGCCGUAACUGAGGAGGCCGGAGGAGAAGAUUCUAUGGUGAUAUCAAGGGCUGCUAGCCCAGACCCUGUGAGGGAUGCGUACCAGACCACAAGAGUACACUACGCAGAGCUCAGAGUUCGGCUAACAGCUACAAAGGUAGAAGUCUCCAAGGUCUCUUCAGUCAACGUCGAGUAUGAUUCUCCUUGA